AUGUCUUGCCAGCAGGGUCUGGGUCAGAAGUUCAAGCAACCUCCUGGAGCUGGAAUUGACUUGCCUGGAGCUGUAACUUCUCAGAUUACAGAGGCAGUGUUGUUUGAGAAAGAGAAGGGUGAGUACAAGGUGAGAGUAGUGAAGCAGAUCCUUUCAGUCAAUGGAAUGAGAUACGAACAUCGGGAGAUUUAUGGGAUUGGAAAUUCAGUUGAUAAUGACUUGGAUGGAUACGACCCAGGGAAAGAAUGUAUCAUUUGCCUCUCAGAGCCACGGGAUACUACUGUCCUCCCAUGCCGGCACAUGUGUAUCUGCAGCGGUUGUGCAAAGGUUUUGCGGUUCCAGACAAAUAGGUGCCCUAUUUGCCGUCAGCCGGUUGACCGGCUUUCGGAAAUCAAGGUCAAUAAUAAAACUGAUGAAUGA